AUGGAUGAGCCAAAUUCAUUCGCCAUGGAGGCAAGGGCUAGCCCGGAUGUGGAGAUGAAUGAAGGACUGUUUCUGAUGAACAAUUCCGUGGAGAGUUUCUCGUGGCGUGGGCUUACGGUGACGGUCAAGGACCGAGAGACGAAAAAACCACGAGAUCUGAUCUGUGAUAUCGGCGGUGAUGUGCAGCGGGGGGAGCUUCUGGCGUUGAUGGGACCGUCGGGGUGUGGGAAGACAACGCUGCUCAACGUGCUGGCACAUCGGGCGGCAGGUGCCAAAGUGAUGGGUGACAGCUAUGUGAAUGGGGCCAAGGUUGACGCGGCUUCAUUCGGGCGCAUGACAUCGUAUGUGGAGCAGGAGGAUGCACUUAUCGGGUCGUUAACCGUACAAGAGACGUUGAAGUUUGCGGCGGAUCUCUCGUUGCCUAGUUCGGUGUCGAAGCGCCAGCGCAUGGAACGUAUCCGGACUCUUUUGGAGGCUUUUGGGAUCCAGAAGCAAGCCAAUAUCCUUGUUGGGACUCCGAUUCGAAAGGGCAUCAGUGGUGGCCAGAAGAGGCGGGUUAGUGUUGCCAGCCAGCUCAUCACUUGUCCCAAGAUCCUGUUCUUGGAUGAACCGACUAGUGGUCUGGACUCGACGGCUAGCUUCGAGGUCAUGUCGUAUGCCAAGGAACUGGCCAGAUUGAACAAUAUCAUCAUCAUCGCCAGUAUCCACCAGCCCUCGACGACGACAUUCCAAUUGUUCGACAAACUACUUCUCUUGUCAGGAGGACGAACGUGCUACUUUGGACCUCUCCAGGAUGUCGAUACAUACUUCCGCAAUAUCGGUCGUCCCAUUCCUGCAAACACCAACCCUGCAGAGUUUCUUCUGGAUGUCGUCAGCUCGGACUUUAGCAGUGGCAAAGAGUCACCCCAAGAGCAGGUCGAAGCGAUCCAACGUGCGUGGGCGACAUCCGCAGAGGCAAAUACCAUCACACGGCAAGUUUCUUCGAGAGCACGAACGACGGACAAGGAUGUCAACAAGGUUGUGAUGGAAGACCUGGCUCGACCCGGUCCAGUCAAAAUCACAACCGCACUCCUCCAUCGUUCUUUCAUUAAGAGCUAUCGCGAUGUUGUUGCCUAUGGAAUCCGCAUUGUGAUGUAUCUGGGACUCGCAAUCAUGAUGGGCACAGUGUGGCUCCGUCUGCACCCGUCGCAGGAGUAUAUCCAACCUUACGUCAACGCAAUUUUCUUCGGAUCGGCCUUUAUGUCCUUCAUGGCCGUGGCAUACGUGCCCGCCUUCCUCGAGGACCGGGCCAACUUCACCAAAGAACGAGCCAACGGAUUAUACGGGGCGACGCCCUUCAUGAUCUCCAACUUCCUGAUCGGCCUGCCAUUCCUUUUCCUAAUCUCAAUCCUGUUCUCGAUUGUCUCGUACUGGCUCUCCAACUUCCGCCCCAGCGCCGACGCCUUCUUCACCUGGGUGAUGUGGAUCUUCCUGGACCUAGUGGCGGCCGAGUCACUAGUUGUCCUUGUGACGGCGAUAUAUCCCAACUUCGUGAUCGCUCUGGCACUCGUGGCAUUCGCAAACGGGCUCUGGAUGAGCGUGGGCGGGUUCCUGGUGACUCCGACGAUCCUCAAUCCGUUCUGGAAAUACGUGUUCCAUUACAUCGAUUAUCAGGCAUAUGUAUUCCAGGGGAUGAUGGUGAAUGAGUUCUCAAAACGGAACUACUCGUGCGGUGAUCAGUGUCAGUGCAUGUAUAAGACGGACUUGGAAGAUCAGUGCCAGAUCCGCGGAACGGGUGUUCUAGAGACCUACGGCUAUGCGACUGGCAGGACUGGAAAAUGGGUCGGCAUUCUCAUUGGUAUCAUUGCAGUGUAUCGGCUGUUGGGAUGGAUUGCGCUUCUACUGCGCAGGACCUGA